GUUGUAGGUCAAAGGUUAUCCAUUGACUGUAGCAUGCGAUUGGCUGACUCUUAAUGUUAUGAAACUCUAUUGGACAGACCAACACACGCCUUUCGACAGUCUGAAAGAGCACAAGAGACAAGGUGAUCCAUGUGCAUCUGAUUGAGUCAACAGUAAGCAUGCUGACAGCACAGAGGGCGUGUGCAGCGAUGGCUGUCCGGCACCUGGUUAGAGCUUCUGUGUCCGCAGCACACACACACCGUUCCCUGAUCCACACUUCCCUACCGUGUCAGGACCAGGUAGAACUGCAUCCCGAAUGGGCCAGCCUGGCUAAGAAGCAGCUGAAGGGGAAGAACCCACAAGAUCUGAUUUGGCACACACCUGAGGGACUUGACAUCAAGCCUGUGUACACCCAAGCAGACUCAGCUGGCAGGGCUGAUGAAUUGCCAGGGGUGUUUCCGUACACUAGGGGGCCCUAUCCCACCAUGUACACCUACAGACCUUGGACUAUAAGGCAGUAUGCUGGUUUUAGUACUGUGGAGGAGAGCAACAAGUUCUAUAAAGAUAACAUCAAAGCUGGACAGCAGGGUCUCUCCGUGGCUUUUGACCUCCCUACGCACCGCGGCUAUGACUCAGACAACCCCCGAGUCCACGGAGAUGUCGGCAUGGCUGGAGUUGCUAUAGACACAGUUGAAGACAUGAAGAUGCUUUUUGAUGGAAUCCCGCUGGAGAAGAUGUCUGUUUCAAUGACCAUGAAUGGAGCUGUUAUCCCUGUGUUGGCGAUGUUCAUUGUGACUGGAGAGGAGCAGGGCGUGCCUAAAGCCAAGCUAACUGGCACCAUUCAGAAUGAUAUUUUGAAGGAGUUUAUGGUACGCAACACCUAUAUUUUCCCCCCGGAACCUUCCAUGCACGCCAUUGCCGACAUCUUUGCUUAUACCUCCAAGCACAUGCCCAAAUUCAACUCCAUAUCCAUCAGUGGCUACCAUCUUCAGGAAGCUGGAGCCGAUGCCAUCCUGGAAGUAGCCUACACCAUUGCGAAUGGCCUCGAGUACUGCCGCACUGGUCUAAAAGCAGGUUUAACCAUUGAUGAGUUUGCCCCAAGAUUGUCAUUCUUCUGGGGUAUUGGGAUGAAUUUCUACAUGGAAAUUGCCAAGCUGAGGGCAGGCAGGAGGUUAUGGGCCACACUCAUUAAAGAGAACUUCCAGCCUAAGAAUGCCAAGUCCCUCCUCCUUCGCACACACUGCCAGACUUCAGGCUGGUCUCUCACCGAACAAGAUCCCUACAACAAUGUGAUCCGUACGGUGAUUGAGGCCAUGGCAGCUGUCUUUGGGGGGACACAGUCACUCCACACCAACUCGUUCGAUGAGGCCUUGGGCUUGCCUACAGUGAAGAGCGCUCGCAUUGCCAGGAACACCCAGAUCAUCAUCCAGGAAGAAUCAGGCAUCCCCAAAGUGGCUGACCCCUGGGGAGGCUCACACAUGAUGGAGGCUCUCACAGAUGACAUCUACAACACAGCUUUGAAGUUCAUUAAAGACAUUGAAGACAUGGGAGGUAUGGCAAAGGCUGUGGCAGAGGGCAUUCCAAAACUUCGUAUUGAGGAGUGUGCUGCUCGCAGACAGGCCCGCAUUGACUCAGGAUCCGAGGUCAUUGUUGGGGUGAACAAGUACCGCUUAGAAAAAGAGGAGACUGUGGAGGUGCUGGCUAUAGAUAAUACUGCUGUACGUGAGAAACAGAUUGAAAAACUGAAAAAGGUGAGACAGAGUCGUGACCCUGAGGCAGCGAAGAAGUGCCUGGCAGCCAUCGAGGAGUGUGCUCGAACCAGGGAGGGCAACCUUUUAGCCCUGGCUGUGGAGGCAGCACGAGCCAGAUGUUCAGUUGGUGAGAUAACUGAUGCCAUGAAGGCAGUGUUUGGUGAACACAAGGCCAGUACCAGGAUGGUGAGCGGUGCUUACCGCAGCGAGUUCGGGGAGCACGAAGAGAUCACCUUGGCUCACAAAAGAGUUGCAGACUUUAAGAAGCAUGAGGGCAGGAACCCUCGACUCCUGGUGGCAAAGAUGGGGCAGGAUGGUCAUGACAGGGGUGCCAAAGUCAUUGCCACAGGGUUUGCUGACCUGGGCUUUGAUGUGGACAUCGGACCACUGUUUCAGACUCCCCUUGAGGUUGCUCAGCAGGCGGUCGAUGCAGAUGUUCACUGUGUCGGGGUCAGCACUCUUGCUGCAGGACACAAGACUCUUGUCCCAGAGCUCAUAAAGGAACUGCACAAGCUCAACAGGCCAGAUAUCCUGGUCAUCUGUGGAGGCGUUAUCCCACCACAGGACUAUGAGUUCUUGUACCAGAGCGGUGUGUGCGCCAUCUUUGGCCCAGGGACGAGGAUUCCACAAGCUGCAGUGGAGGUUAUUGACAACAUUGAGAAGAGCCUGGAAAACAUCCGCCAGGCCAUGUGAUUUAAAAAAAAAAAAACUCAAAACAAAACAAAAAGCAUCUUAAAGAGCUCUAUUCAUAUUGUAUCCAAAACAAAGUCACAACACAACGUGGGAGCUCUCUGAGUAAAAUCUGUUUGACGUGUUAUGUAAGAUUGCAGAAGAAAGCAUGUCAUUCCCCACUGUGAGAAUACAACAUGUACAGCAGAUAAAGCUGAUUAAAAACCUCUUGGGGUGUCUUGACUGUGUUAGCACUGCAUUCUCUGUAUAUCAGCUUUGAUUUGAAUUACUAAUAGUGUCCUCACAGUUUGCCAUUUACACAGUGCUUAGAUUUGUUAAUUGACGGUAUCACUCUGUCACACGUAGCGUCUUCAGUUGGAUAAAUGGUGAUUUUAUUUAUUCCUUCACUCUUUGAGUAAUUAAUUCAUGCCUAUGCAUAAAUUCCAUUGGUUACAGGGUUCUGAAAGUUCUGUGAAGGAUCAGAAAUACUUUUUGACAUAAAUCAGACUAUUUUAGGACUGUGACCCACACUUUACAAACAGUAAGUCAUGCACUACAUAAUAGUGCCUUGUGAUAAAUAGUUUGGCUUGAGAUUAGCAGAGCAGAGCAUUUUUUAAAAAACAUUACAGCACAGUGCUACUGCAAAUGUAAUGCUUUUAUUGUGAAAUCUGUGUCUAAUUUGAAAACAGACCGACAUUCACUUCAAAGCAAACCUUCCUUACUUCUGCCUUUAUGUUAAUGGUUAUUAUGAUUUAGAACUUUAGAAGAGGUGAAGCUUCCAAGAAAAAAAAAAACAAACAAACGUGAAACAGUGAUUGCAAUUUACGAAAUAUUUUUCUACAUGUGAUAGAGAAUCAAGCUCUCUUGGUCUAAAUAAAGUAUCAGAACUUUUGAAA